AUGAAGAUGAGGAUGGGUGCUCAUGAUCUCAAAUUCAAGCAGCUCAGGAAGGUGCUGAAGGAGCAGAAGGCCAGGCUCUACAUCAUCCGCCGAUGUGUAGCCAUGCUCAUAACCUGGCAUGAUUGA